AUGGAGGCGGACAAGCUGGAGGACAAGAUGGAGAAUAUCGACCUUGAUGCCCCGACGCCGAAGGAGAACGAGAUUCCUGCUGCUGCUGUUGAGCCUACACCUGCGCCUGAGCUUGUGGCGGGGUCUGGAGCUCCUGUUCCUGCUCCUAGCUCAGAAGCCGGGCAUACGUCUACGGUACCUGUGAGUUCGAAGGAGAGCAAUGGAAUACCUACACCUGCACCAGCAAAGAAUGGUACUGCGGGAAAUGGAGUGGGGAAUGGGUUUGUGCCGCUUGUUACGGUGGUGGGAUUUCAUCAUGCGAGAGGCCCAGAAGUAGAGAGUUGGUUUGGGGCUCCUGAAGGCGUGGAUCCAGCUGUGGACAAUGAAUGGCCUUUAUUACCAUUCAUGGCGUUGAGUGAUGGUGCUCAUGUGUCCACAGAAGACUUCUCCUACUUCACUCUCCUCCGCCCAGCACACGGCGAUAUCCCCUCCACCUCCCUCUUCGGCAUAUCCUGUACAAGGCAAAUGGAUGCCUCCGCUCUCAUCAACCGACCUGCAGACGUAACACGUUCAACGGUUCAGAAAGCCGUCGUCGUAAUAGCCGACUCGCCGCAGUUCUUCGGCAUGCUGCGAGAACGACUGAGCGUGGUUACGAAAGCUUGGUUCGCGCAGAGAGAGUUCACAGACACGGAGAUCUUGAAGAGAUUCCAGGAGAGUCUGCAAGAAGAGAAAGAGAGGGGUGUGGGACAGGCGGAGGAGGAUAGAGAGGAGUAUUUAGGCAUGAGUUUGAGAGAGCUGGUGAGGGAGUUCAAGGCGCAAACUCUGGUGCUGUUCAAAUGUUGUUUGUUGCAGCCGAAGAUGCUCUUCUUUGGCUCGAGAUGUGAGAGAUUAUGCAUGAUGCAAUUCUCUCUCAUUUCUCUGAUACCAGGUCUCAUUCGCAAUUUGCAGGAUUGUGCAGAUCCUGAUAUGGAUGCCUAUGAACGGCAUUUAACGAAACCUACCAGUUUGAAAACCAGUGAUCGGAGCUCGUUAUUGUCUUAUAUGGGUUUACCAUUACAGAUUUUUGGAAAGGGGAGUUUGUUUGGCCCUUAUACCCCUUUACAACAACUUGACAUAUUAGCGGAUUACGGAACAAAAUCAUACAUCGUGGGAUCAACGAAUUCCUUAUUAUUACAGCAAAAAGAUCGAUACAGCGAUAUUCUCAUCAAUCUAGAUAACACAACAAUAACUAUCACGUCAAGCUCGCUAAGAUCAGCAUUAGCCCUCUCCGUUGCGGAUCGAAGAUGGAUCGAUUUCAUCACUCAAUCCGUCAACGAUACCUGGGACGAUGCAAAUCCCGGACGACCCAAGACAAUGGGCUACGUCGGCUCUGAAGAGUUCAUCCGUCUCCAAUUCGAGGAAUACCUCCUCUCCCUCAUCUCGGCAGUCAAAUGCCACAAUUACCUCCAACACCACGCCAAUAACCCCAAAGUCAUGCUGCCACACGUCGAAGGCGACCCUGCUCAUGAUUUCGGAAUCGAUUGGGUAGAAGCCUGGAGUCGGUCCGAGAACUACCGUAUUUGGGACCGCUACACAGACAGCCACCUCUUCGACAUCGUCGAGCCCAAACAUCCCUGCGCCGGUGGCCUCACAAUCGAAGACGUCCAGCGCCGCAUGAUGGAGCAGGUCAAAGAGUACAAGCUUGACGAGCGCUUCGCGACGGGCAAGGAAGUCCUCGGCCGAAACCUCCAAGCAGGACGCGAAAAAGCUAGCACCGCUUUCAACAAACUGUACGCGGACAUUGAAGCCCGGCGUGAGGCCCAGCGGAAGAAAUACGAAGAGCAGCGCCGCGAAGCAGAGAAGAAUGGCACGGCGCUCCCAAGCCCGGGGUUCACUGCCCCGGAUCUGAAUGGCGCCAAACAGACAGUGCAGAGCGUAGGUAGUAAAGCAGGUGCGUAUAUUGGCAGCUGGGGGACUUGGAUGGGCGAGAAGAGAAAAACAGGCUGGGGACGCAGCCCCUCUACUUCCGCUGCGCAGCGGAAGGAGAAGGAAACCGUAUCUACCUUACCGAUCAGACAGCUUGGAACCGCGGGCGAGAAAAAGAGACCCGAGCCCAUCAAAACGGACGACAGGCCGAAGACCAUGGAGAGUUACGAGGAGAGUCUCUUCGAUGCUGAGCACACCUCGCCUCCUAAAAACUUCGACGCAACAGCUUCAUCCGUCAAGAGGAAGUCCGUACCUCCGCCGCCUGAAACCUCACCCCGAAAAUCAAUAUCUAAACCUCACCCAUCACCCAGAGCAGCCUCUAAAUUCCACGAGGAAAUGGAUGAUAACGGGCCGGCUGCGGCGCCUGUUAAUGAAGAACAUCAGGUUUGGGGCGAGGAGAGGAAGGGGAAGGAGGAGACGGAGGGUGAGAGGAGGGAAAGGAGUAGUGCUGUUGCGGGCGCGGUUGUUGAGGCUACGAAGACGCCUAUCUCGCCGUGA